AUGGUCCUACUGCUUUUCGUCGGUGUGAUGUUGUGGAAACACAUACGCUCUGUCUUUUUGACUUCUCGGACAAAAGAAGAUUUAUCUCCUGACGAAACACCUGAACUUGACGAAAGUCCCAACACAACCGCUUCAUCCAGGCUGCAAGAGAAGCACGGUAAUUCUACUUCAGAAGAUGCUGGUCCUGCUUUGGAGGCGACACCAGACUUGUCGCCUCGCUUGCGUCCAGAAUCACCAUCCAUUGCAGUGGGUUUGCAGACUAAUGUCACGGAAGAGCAACCUUCUGAAGAUGAAGCUUCUGAUACAUCUUCUGAGCCUGAUGAUGAUGAACCAUGGCCUCCGAAGGAUACCAUUCUUCCUGAAGUCACCAUCUCCGCCUUUACCGAGACGGGCCAAGCGGAAUCAUCGAUCGUCGUUCCAUUGCAAAGGGCGUACACCGGUAGAAAGCCUGUGAUAUCAUCCCGCCUUGCUGACACUCCCUGCGCUGCCCUCGGCAUUCAGGGCAUUUUGGAUCUACUCAACACCACACUUGGAACAUCACACAGCCUUAACACACAAUCCCUCUCCUUCCUUCUUGAAGAGUGCAUCGCAAACAAGUACGACUUUGGCAUGGCAUAUGGCCGCAUCCGCCGGAUAUGGUACACCAGUGACUGGAGCACGAUACAAGACACAUUGCGCAAAUGGGAAGAGAAGGACCGGGAGAUGCGACAAAAAGCGCUCGAUGGUAACCGGAUCGUUGAACCAUUAUUGCCACCUCGACGUGUGUGGGAUCUGUACAGCAAUCGGGUGGUGCCUGUGGUGGAAAAGCAUCGUGCCGAUAUGCGGACACCCAUCAACGGAUACGAAUGGCCUGUUCCCAUCCCGAAAGACACCAACCUCAACCCGAUCCGCAUUGAGAUGCUCGGACUUGGAGCGGAGUAUGCGUGGUUGGAUGUUCUCUGUUUGAGACAGGCGGGUAGACCGGGGGAGGAUAUGCGCACGGAAGAGUGGAAGCUGGAUGUGCCCACCAUCGGAGCAAUGUAUGCAGACUCCAGGGAUGUGGUGACUUACUUGAGUGGGCUGGGUCGGCCUUUCAGUUUGAAGGACGGCGACUUAGAGAGUGACCGGUGUUGGUUUAGACGUGCUUGGACGCUACAGGAGGUUGGCAGGCGCAGGGUGAUUGCCGGAGACACGCCAGAUGGACCAAUGCAUGCUGAGUGUAAGGAUGGGAAGUACAAGACUGAGCUACUGACCAGGUUUCACGAGCAGCUGGAGUCUAUGCAGGCCAUUCCUCAUAGUGUGUUUGCAGGUCUGAGGAGCAUGCGGAAUCGGGUGUCAACCAACCCAGUGGACAAAAUCGCGGGACUGGCAUUUCUUCUGCCGACCAAUUCGAUACCGGCAUACUAUGAGAGAGUGUCUCUCGAGGAUGCAUGGACAGCACUCGUCAAUUCAAUGCGUGCAGAGGUUCGGGGAAUUUUGUUCUCCUUGUAUCCUGAACCGGGAAAUGCAGGCAGAAAAUGGAUACCGUCGUGGAACCAGCUUAGGACGAAGCCUCUGCCCACAGAGGGAUACUCCCGCAUUGAAAUUGAUCGGGAUGAGGUGAUGAAGGAAACUGAAGACUGGUGUGAUGCACCCUGCAUUGAAAAGGGGUUGGUGCGGGGGUUGGCUGCUGUUGCCGAAGGGAAUGAUCGAUGCGGGGAGUUGAUUGUUCAAGACGAGGGUGGAAAAGAACAUGCGUUCAACAUCACAGCCACCCACUGUGAGUACCCGAUACCUGACGACACAUACACACUGAUUUGCACUGAUAACUGGGGCUUUCAAUAUUGGGUUGUCGGGCGAAGACUGUCAGGGAAAAGGUUUGAAAAAGUGUCACUGUUAGAAAUUCCCGACGGAGAUGAACGGAGUCGGUUAGAAGACCUGCAUAUAACCGAAGAAUGUCGGAACAUUCUUGUUUGA